UUGGUUCGGGGCGUUCCCGUCAGUUGCAGACCUUGGUCACCCUGGCCUCACUCUGUCGCCCAGGAGCGUAGCUUGCCCAGACUUGGCGUCGCCCGCUUGCGGCAUGGCUUGCACGGAGCUCUCCUCGCCUGCACUUGACGCGACCAUGGCCGGCCCGUCCUCUCUUUCGCGGAGUUUCGCUCGCCUGGGCCUUGCGACGUUGAUUGCGGACAUGGUGUCUGCCGGCCCGUUGCUGCCUUUGCACAGCUUGGCGCAGCCCGGGCUCCCGUCGCCAGCCUUUGACUUUCUCAGCCCGGGCAGCAGCGCUUCGCUACGGGGCCUCCACUGCACAGGCUCUGCUCCCUCUGCCUGGGGCUUGGCCCGUUUGGAAGCCUCUAUUUUGGUUUCCGACGCGGCGCACGUCGGCCUUCCGUCGCUGACCCGGGGCUUUACAAGGCCUGACCCACUGUUGUCCUUCGCUAGCCUGUGUAACCUUGAGCCAUCAGUGCCAGCCUUUGACUUUCUGCACUCAGGGCUGUCGCUGCCACUGCGGAACCCUGGCCACAUCGGCUCCUCCUUGCCAGUGACGGGGAUGGCACGGAUUGAGCUGCCUUUGCUUGUUCCGGACACGGCAAGCCUGGGAUCUAUGCUGCUGGCUCACAGUUAUGCAAGGUUAGACUUGUCCCUGUCAGCCUUUGACUUCCUGAUGCCGGGCUCCAGCAUGUUGUCGCGAAGCACGAAGCGAUCCGGCUUUGCUUCGCCGGUUUUCUCCUUAACGCGCCUUGGGUUCCUGGUUUCAUCAUUGGACUUUACGCAUUCCGAGCCCCCGCCCUUGCCGCGGAGCUUCGCGCGCCCGGGCCCGUCUGCUUCGGCGCCGGACUCCGUGCACGCGGACUCGGCUUCGCCUCCACGGAGCUCGGGGCGCACGAGCUCCGCCGCCUCGGCCUUCGGGUGCAGCCGCCCAGACCCGCCGCCGUCGUCGCCGGAUCUCGCCACCUUUGGGCCGCCGCUGCUGGUGAGAUCACCCGCACACUCAGGCCCCACCCUGCCGGCCUUGGACCCCUUGCACACAGAGCCCUCCACGUUUUUGAGGGGUCGUGCGCAUCCGGACUUGCAUAUCUCAACCUUUGGCAGGGCGUUUCUGGGCUCUCCCACGCCGCUUCUGGACCAUGUGCUUGCUGACCCCGUGUUGUUCGCAAGAUCCCCCAGCUGCCUGGGUAGCGCGGCACUUGUGCUGGACCUGGCAUACUCAAACCCCCCACUGUCUAUGCAUAGUUGCGGGUGCCUAGGUUUGGCCGUGCUGCUGUGUGGCUUAGGGCGCUUUGACUCUUCCCUUUUCGCACUGGACCAUACAAGUGCCGGCCUGCCCGUGCCUCUGAGAUCGCCUGCCCGGCCAGAUCCGGCUAUCUUGGCAUUGGACUCGGUCAACAUCGAACCACUUAUGCCUGUGCGAUCUCACAUGCGUUCGGGACCAGCUAUGCUGGUGGUGGAUAUGACCCAUGUUGGAUUGAUGCUGUCACUUCAAAGCUAUGCGCGGCUUGGUAGCGUCAUGUUGGCCUUUGGCUUGUUCCGUGUGGGCUCCCUCGUGCUUACUUUGGACUGUGCAGGCGUCGGCUUUUUGCCAUCAAUUCGGACGAUGGGGCGUCUUGGCCUUCCUUUGCUUCCGGCUGGCAUCGCUCGAUUUGACCUCUUUCUGCCAGCCUUGGCCCAUGCGCAGGUUGGAUUCUCUGCGCUUGCCAGGAGCGUUGCCUGAGUGGAUGUGGCAGCUUUUGUCUUGGGAUGUCUGGGUGUUGGCCCUUUGCUGCCCUUGCAAGGCUAUGCUUGUUUGGAGCUGGCAGCGCCAGCGUGUAGCACGGCUUGCCUUGGUGCCCUUUUGCCGGCGUAUGACUUCAUCAUGUCAGGAUCCGCAGUCCCGACCAGAUCCGCCUCGCGCAUGGCACCCGCGCCGUUCAUUUCGGAUUUUACCCACAUUGGCCUGUCGGUGCUGACACAAAGUUUCGUGCGCGCGGGCUUGUUGCUGUUGCUACUGGAUCCUACCAACUUGGACAGCUCCUCGUUCCUGCGGUGCGGCCUCCGGGUUGAAUCGGCAUUGCCAGUGUUUAGCAGGGCUUGCUUUGACUUUGCCUCGCCCGUGUUUGACUCUCUUCGCCUGGGCUUAACCCCACUGGCUCGCAGCUUUGUCCGCUUUGGCUUUGCCGCUUUGGCCCCUGACUCUGUGAACCUCGGGUCCUUCUCGCUGCUGAGGUCAUUUGGUCGCCUGGGUCUUUCGUUGCCCACUCCGGGCUCUGUGGAGGUGAGCUCCUCGCCUUUACCCCGCAGCGCUGCCCGACCUGACCUGAUCUCGCCCGCCUUCAGCCGCACGGCCCUCGGCACGCCCACGCCUCUGCCGGACUCCACGUGCCUGGGCUUGUCCCCGUCGCCUCGAAGCGCAGCUCGGCCUGACCUCACACCGCCUUCGCCAGACUCCGGUGAUAUGGGCCCAAGCUUGCUUGUGAGGUGUACUGCCAGACUCGGAUCGACCGCCUUGGUGUUUGGAAGGGCCCGCUUUGGUGACUGGGUGCCAGCCCAUGACUUCGCCAACACUGGCCCGCUGCUGCCAGCACGCAGCACGGCACGCCUGGGCAGCAUGCCUUUGGCGCUUGACUUUUUGAUCUCGGGAUCGUCUAUGCCACUGCAAUCUACCGGCUGUCUUGGCUCGUCGUUCUCGGUCUUUGGCUGCAAUAACCCGGGCCCAGUGUUGUCAUUGUUCGAUCUCUCCAACUCUGACUCAACCUCCUCCGUCAGGUCCAUGUCAAAGUCCGAGUCCCUACUCCCAACAUACGGUUCAACUUGCGGCACGUUGCUGUUGACUUGUGACCUUGCCAGCU